CUUGUACUGAUAUAUCAAAAACGUUUUAUAACACAGAAUAUUAUUUAAAAUACUUAAAAUGCUGAAGUAGAAUAUGCAUGAUAUUUCACGCCAUUACGCAAACUAUACCACGUUUGUAUUUAUUUUAACGUAUUCUUUAAGACUUUAAGAUAUAUAUAAUAAAAUCAUUGUAUAUAAAAAUAUAACAUUAGACAAUUAAAGAUUUAUUAUUACAAUAAAAAACUUAUAUUUAUAUUAUUUAUAAAAAAUCUAUGAUGGAACAUUUUAUUUUCAUUAUAUAUCUUUAGAACCACUUCAUAUACAAUAAAAUAAAAGUUAUUCGGUAAAUUCUUAAAAAAUUACAUAAAAAUAAAUCGUUCAUUUAACGUUAAUUUAAUAUUUAUAACAUAAACAUCAUAUUUUUAUUACAAUAUGUUUAUACAAUCAUUAGAAGAGACACGCACACAAAGCGCGUAGCAUACAUAGUGCAACACGUGUAAACAUUGAAAGGAUAUCAUAAAAAACGUGUAAACAUUGAAAGGAUACCAUAAAAGGAUAAUCUGGUUGUAAAAACACAAUUAUUAUUUAAUUACUUUGACUAAAUAAUUGAAACUACGAUAAAAUGGUAAAAAAACUCAAAAUCAGUGCGGUUAAAAGAAGUAACCAAAAACGAACCAAACUUUCACGGCAAGGAAAACUUAAGACAAGGAGACAUAAACUGGCAAAGAAACAAAUCCAUAAGAAAGUAUUUCCACAUACAGAAUCUGUGGAAGAAGAAGAAAGUGAUCAUGGCGAAGAUCUUAUGGGCAUGAUUGAAGACGAUGAUCUAGACUUUUUAAAGAAAGCCAUUUCUAAUAAAUCAUAUAAUUUGUUGAAACAAAUUCAUUUAAAUGGAGCAGCUGAUGAUAAAACAAAACAUAAAAAUAAGGAAAAAAAAGAAGAUACGUUAGAAGAAAGGUAUGAAACUAAUAUAUCAAAAAUAGUUGAGACGGAAGGAACAAAGAAGGUUCGUAUGUUACUUCCUAUAAAAACUCAAAAUGGGAGUAUAGAAAAAAGAUUAAUUGAAGAAAAUGAUACUGACGAUAAUGAAAACGCAACUCAUCAGGAACAUGAUGCAAAAAACAAUAAAAUGGAAUUAGAAUCCAAUUUUCUUAAUAAAGAUGAAAAUGAAGAUAUGAAACCUGUGUCUGUUAUAGAACUUAUAGCAUGCCGGGAAGAAGUACUGAGAUCUAAACGUUUAAAAAUUGGAUUAUUAUCUAGUAGUCUCCUAGAAAUGCCAGAAGCUAAAUGUGAUAAUUUUAAAACAUUAUUAGAAUUAAUGGAAGAAGCUAAUCCAGAGGUAUACAUUACUGUAAGAAAAUUAGCAACUGUUUCUUUACUGGAAGUUUUUAAAGAUUUGUUACCAUCUUAUCAAAUUCUUCAAAUUCAACAAGAAGUAAAGAAAGAAACACUUGCAUUACAAAAUUACGAAGCUACAUUAUUAAGAUAUUACAGACAGUAUCUACAAAAGUUAGAAAAAAUGACAAAUGUAUUAAGAAGAAAAAAAGGAGAUACACAACAAGUAAAAGAGCAACAAAUUGAGCUAGGAAAAGUUGGAGUAAAAUGCAUGUGUGAUCUUCUAACGACUCAUUCUUACUUUAAUUAUUCUAUCAAUAUAGCAAAUUUUCUUAUACCAUUGUUAGAUAAUAAAGAUACGUUUGUAAGACAGGAAGUGUUAAAAUGUAUUUCUCAAGUGUUUAAAGAAGAUCAACGUGCUGAAUUAUCUCUAAAAAUAGUACGUAAAUUAAACCAAUACGUAAAAUUAAAAGCUCAUUCUGUUCAUUCUGAGGUUCUGUCAGUACUCUUGUUUCUUCGUAUAAAAGAUGUAAAUUUAGAUAGAGAAAAAGAAGAAGAGACUAAACAAAAGAAACUUAUGUCUCAUAAACAAAGAAUUCUUACUUUAAGUAAACGUGAAAGGAAGAAGAAUAAGAAACUUGAACAAGUGGAAAAAGAAUUACUUGAAACUAAAGCAGAAGAGAAUAAACAAAGCAAGCAAAAAUUAAUUACCGAAAUAACAAGUAUAGUAUUUACGAUUUACUUUAGAAUUUUGAAACAAGUUCCAAAUAGUAAAAUCUUAUCUAUUUGCUUGGAAGGAUUGGCAAAGUUUGCACACUGCAUAAAUUUAGAUUUUUACCAAGAUUUAGUAACUGCUAUAGAUAAACUAAUGGAAGAGGGUAAUAUAAACUUGAAAGAUCAAUUGCACUGUAUUCAAUGUGUAUUUACAAUAUUAUCGGGACAAGGUUUAGCAUUAAAUCUUGAUCCUUACAGGUUUUAUGCAUAUCUAUACAAAAAUUUACUGAAUAUUCAUGGUGGUAGAACGCACUCGGAAAUGGAAAUUCUUAUGAAAAUUUUAAUUCAAGCUUUAAUUCAUCGAAGAAAACGAAUUACACGAAGUCGUUUAGUAGCAUUCAUUAAAAGAAUAGCUAUUUUAACUUUACAGUUACAACAUAAUUCGGCACUUGGCAUUCUUGGUAUUAUAAAACAAAGUAUGCAACUUGGAAAAACGCUGGAUAUUUUAUUGGAUACUGAUUCUUCUACUGGAGAUGGUUUUUAUCAAGCAGAACUAGAAGAACCAGAGUAUUGCAAUGCUCAUUGUUCAGCAUUAUGGGAACUUACAGCUUUACAAUUCUCCAGAAGAACUUUAUACUGAAUUUGAUCCUACUGGUGUUGUAUUUAAGCCAGCAGUACCAGUUCCAAAAAAGACAAGUGUCAAGAGAACAAUAACAACUCAUCAUUUUAUAAAUACUAAAUUUAAAGAAUAUAUUAAUACUAUAAAUAAUACUGAAUUAUUUGUACAUGGAUGUAUAGAUUUUUAUAAAGCUUAUAAUAAUUAAUACUGUAUGUAAUGCAAAUUAUAAAGAUCAGAUGAAAUAUUAAAUAUUAUUCAUAUUUUGUAAAUAGUAACAAUCAAUUUUUAUAAUCAUAUUAAUUUAAAUAUUACAUUUACAAUGCUAAAUUUCUUAACUAUUAAACAAAUGUUAUUUUCAAAUAAAGAGAUUGAAACACUAAAUAUGAAAGUACUACUUUUAACAAGAGAAUGGAUAUUUGUAUAAGGAUAUUUAGAUAUUUAUAAUUUAUUCUGCAGUUAUAUCCUUACACUCCUUAUACAUCUUUAGUUAAGAUAAAACAUUUUAUAUUUGUAAAUUCAUUACAUCAUCGAUAUUAGUACAUUCUGAAUUGUUUUCUUUUGUUAUAUUUAAUUUUACUUCAGUCAAACUUUCUUUGUCACUUGUCUGUGAAGAUGGAUCAACUUUUUGCAAAGGUAUAUGUUUACGUUCUAUAAUAUUCAUUUUUAUAGCAUCUUCUAUUUCUAAUGCCUCAUCUAUUAUAUUAUUUUCAUUCUUUGUUGCUUGCUUUGUAGCAAUUUGUACAUAUUGAUGCUCAUUUUUAUCAAAAUUUGGUAAUUUUGAUGUAUUAAUUUUGUCGAUUGUUUUUGUUACAAUGACUUGUUCAUUUUUAUCAUUUUGAUGGACUGAUUGAGAAUUUCUUCUCGCAAGAAUUAUCUUAGUGUAUUUAACAGUAGGUUGAUUGGAACGAGUUUGUAUUGGAAUUGUAGUUUUAGUUUUAGACGAAGUGGAAAUUUGAGGCUUUGUUUGUAGUAUUACGUGAUUUAAAUUUUGUACAUUGGGACAUAUAACAGCUUGGGUACAAGGUGUUAUAAAUUUGUUAGUUUGCUGAAUUUUAUCGUGUUUAUUACUUAUGAGAACAACUUUGGUAUUACUGUUUAACUUAUGUAUACUUUUUUCAUGAAUGUCUACAGGCAUUGUCUGAGAUAAAGAUGAAUUUUUUUCAAUAGAGUUUAAAUUAUCAUCAUCUUUUGCAAAGAUUAUUGGUAUAUCUAAUAUAUUUCCCAAUUCAUCAUCAAUCUCAUUUACAACAGAAUUCUUCUGUACUAUUUGAGGUUUAUGAAUUCUUUGUAAAUUAGAUGUAUUGACUGUUAUUUUUGGCAUCGUUUUAGUUGACUUUUGAGUAAUUUUUAGUUUAUUAGAUAGUGGUAAAAUAGUUCCUGAACUUUGACUGCUUAAUGGUAAUACCACUGAUGAACAAACAGGUUUAGAAUUAAGGGAACUUUCAACCAUAAUUAUAUUCCCACAUGCUGUAUUAUGAGAGAUAUCGUUAUUACAAGUUGUUACUUGUCGAGGUAUUUGUGACAUCUUGAAUGUAUCCAGGGAAUGAGUAGAAUUGAGCAUCACAUGUGAAGAACUAUUGGUUGCCAUGUCGUCCAUCA